UGUAUUGACAGAAUGGAUAUAUGCUUUUAGACCUAAAGUUUGCAUUUUAAAAGAAGAAAAACCUUUUGCUUUACUGUAAAACUGGACCAUUAAACAAGUAAACUAAGCUAGCCUGUCGGCAUCGAAACGGCGGUGUUCCCAUUGGUUUAGUUCCGUUCUGCAUACUCGUAGACUAUGUAGUGAAAACCUACUGGUCUUUGGUACAGUUCGAGCUGCUGCAUUCCGAGUGCACUUCGAGGUCGUCAUCGUUAACGUUCGCUUAAGUAGUGUCGUUCGACUUUUUUCGUAUAACACUACAGUGAAAUUCUAGAGCUCACAGGUGAAGAUCAAGUCAAGUGGGCUUUAUUGUGUUUAUUUUACUUUAGCUAUCAUUCGAAUAACGUUACGAGAAUCGAAUUCGAACACUUCACACCUGCGAUGGCGGCUGCAAGUCUACACACUAGUUAGGACACAAAUAGUUAUCCUGUAACUGAGAAGAGACUGAAUGUUCAGAGUCCAUCUCUCACUGCGAUGAGCGCCCCUUGGAUUUUAAAAACCACGGCUAGAGGUGUCGUCGGGAAUCUGGGGUCAGUACUGACCAGAUGUGGCGCCGUAUCUAAAUCUAUGCGAAAAAUAUCUAGACAAGCUGACCACCUUGAAAGGACGGCUAAUGUUUAUAGGCAAGAGGCCCUGUUUACCGCUCGAGUGUGUAGCAUCACAAAUGAGUCAGACACAGUCAAGAGACUCCGGCUAGAAGUGCCCCAUCCUGACUUUAGCUUCCGUGCCGGCCAAUGGGUAGACUUUUUCAUCCCAGGCAUGGAGAAGGUGGGUGGUUUCUCUGUGUGCUCCAGCCCUGGCCUUUUUCAAAGAAAAGGACUUAUAGAACUUGCAGUGAAGUACACAGAACACCCGCCUGCGCACUGGAUACACACCAAGUGCACAGUGGACUCUCAUGUGGCAGUGAGAAUAGGCGGCAAUUUCUGUUUUGACCCCAGCCCGUCCGAACCCGUGAUGGACCUCCUGCUGGUGGCUGGUGGGGUAGGCAUUAACCCCCUGUACUCCAUCCUAAUGCACACAGCUGACCUGCUCAAACAGCCGCAUGGAUACACCCCAGGACGCACUCACCUCUGUUACAGUGCCAAGAACACACAAGAACUGCUUUUCAAAAAUAGCAUCAUUGGUGUUUGCCAGGAAUUUCCAGAUAACUUCUCUUGCAGCUUCCAUGUGACUCGACAGAGCUCGGAAGUAGAGCAGGAACUGCAGCCCUACACAACUAGUGAAAGGAUAUCAGAGGAGGUGCUGAGGCAUCAUGUAGAUCCCCAGCGCACAUUGUGUUAUUUGUGCGGUCCGCCACCCAUGAUUGAGAGCGUUUGCACAGACUUGCAACAGCUUGGCCUGCUGCAGAACAGAAUCCUUUAUGAGAAGUGGUGGUAGCUUUCGGCUUAGAUAUCUACAGCCUGUAGAGUACCUCAACGGUCAGAAAAACAAAAAAAGACUGGUGGACCAGUAAUUUAAACGCACAAUUACAUACAACUAGUAAUUUUUUUUUAUCUGUGCAAUUCACUGUCGUCUUCUUCAAGCAGCAGCUUAUUUUUACAGUCAGUGCGUGUGUUAGGGAUACUACACAGUUAAAAUCAAGCAAAAGAGGUAAAGCCAAUUUUUAACACUGCAAAUAGCAGUACACAGGACAAAGUUUAUGUACAUUUUUUAACUUUGAACUUAAUACUAUUUAUUUAUAACAGUAACUCAAAUCAGUUUUUGGAGAACAUUCGAAGGAUAGUGGUGACGUGUCUGCUUGAGUGCAAAGUUGUAAACUAGUCAGACAGUUUGAUGUUAAGGGGCUGUUUCCUCCUUACAUCAACAUAUUUUUUAGGAAUUUCACUGCAUGAAAAUUCAGGUGUAAACACGCACACCAGGAAACACUGUGAUCAGAUCCCGCAGACCUCAUUCAUAGGUGGUCAAAGACUGAUCUUCACUGCUUUCAACAGUGAAAAGAGUGCGUUUUUGUAAACAGAAUGUGUUUUCUAAAUCUACAUGCAAAUCCAUGAGCGGAAAAGUGUCUGCCCAAACCAAACUUGUUGGUUUGUAUCAUAACACGAAAACACUGUAUGUGUUAAUGUGCUUUUUUUAUGCAGGAAAGCAAAGUCAAAUCUCAGCUGGUCACCCUGGGGAUGCAUGUGUAAAAGUGUAUCCAGAAACAUCCAGAAAUGAAACACAUGUUAAGGCAAGAUGUAAACGACCUUCAAGUGAAGUCUCUCUGUUCACUAUAAUGUGAAUCACAUCAAUGGCAUAUAAAAUACAAAUAAGUGUGGAUUCUAGUGAAGCCCUGAGGGUAGUCAGUCAGUUUUUGAAAGAAAUGGGUGUUGCUAUGUGUGUCAUGUGCCUCUAAUUGUAAAAUAAAAAUUGAAUAUUAUCAUUUUUGAGAUUGAA